AUGCCUCUCCCCAAAUACACGUACACCGGCCCCAUCGACCAUACUCUCCCCACGGACCUCAAAAAUGUCCAAAACAAAUCCGUCAUCAUAACAGGCGGCGCAAAUGGCAUGGGCGAAGCAAUGGUGCGUGCUUUUGCCGCAGCCGGUGCGUUCGUCACUUUUGGCGAUAUGCACCCCCGGGGAGCAGAUAUUGAGAAGGAGUUGAAUGGUAGUAGUGUUCCAAAUGAAUCUGAACGGACUGAGAAAGUCUCUUUUGUGCAGUGCGAUAUCAGAGAAUGGGAUGACUUGAUUAGGCUGUUUGAGACAGCGAAGACGAAGAGUCCGUGUAAGAGUGUGGAUGUGGUUAUUGCCAAUGCUGGGAUUAGUAGGAGUUCGGGGGAUAGUUUGUGGACGUUAGAUGACCCUAAUGGACUUCCUACAAAACCCGAUCUUAAAAUUAUCCGGGUUAACAUGGAUGGCACAUUUUACACGUGGAAAUUGGCAGUUCACUAUUUCCGUAAGCAGCCAGAUAAUGAUGAAAGGGAUAGAUGCUUCAUCAUCACCGGGAGUAUGGUUGCAUAUAUAGAUUCUCCGGGAAACUGGGAAUACACUGCGACAAAACACGGCCUUCGCGGUUUCAUGAAGACAGUCCGCCGAAACAGCUGGGAACAAGGUAUCCGGAUUAACUACGUUGCUCCAUGUUGGAUAAAGAGUGCCAUUCGGACAAAGGAGUAUGAGAACUGGCUCAUUGAAAAUGGAAUCGAAUUUGGUGAACAAGCCGACUGCGCAGGUGCGAUGAUGAGGAUCGCAUGCGACAAAUCCGUUAACGGUCGUUCAAUCAUGAUCACACCACGAACCAAGACAGAGCAAGGAUUUAUGGAUGUGGAUAUGGAGGACUAUGCGGAUCCCAAAGAUGAAUACUUUAGUAAAAAGCAAGCAACUCAGUUGCGGAUCAUUGAAGAUAAAUGGCUGGAUGACUACAAAAGACAAGGGCAAACGUCGUAG